AUGGAAUCAAACUACUACACCACAAUAUUCGCCGUCCAAAGCUGCUUAAAAUUAUGGCUCGUUGCCCCGCAGACGCCCUCACCCAGACAUAUUAUCCUCACAUCGUCGACCGCCGCUUUCCUGGGGCUACCGGGUUAUAUAGCCUACACACCUACCAAGGUAGCUAUUCGCGCCCUGGCCGAUACCCUUCGUCAAGAACUGCUUCUUUACGGCAAAGAUGCGUUUAAAGUCCAUUGCUGUUUUCCUGGAUCAUUCCUAUCCGAGUCCUUCUUUCAGGAGCAAGAACAGAAACCCGGACUCACAAAGGUCCUCGAGGGAACCAGUAUGUCCCAGGAGGAACUGGAGCGCAAGAUACCCAGUGCCAGAGAGAUCGCGAGGAAGAUUGUCCGGGGCUUGGAGAAGGGGAAGACGUACAUCGCGGUCGACUUUCAGACGGAGCUUCUGCUGAAUAAUAUGCGUGGGCCGAGUCCGCGGUUUUGGACGGUGUGUGAUUUCCUGCUGGGAUUGCUAGCGUCCUGCGUGUGGUGGGCUUUCCGGAUCGAUUUUGAUAGGAAGACCAGAAGGUAUGGGGAGGCGAGGAAUGGAAGAGACAGUCGGUGUCAGGUUUAA